AUGGUCGGGACGGCUGGGGCGAUCAUCAUCACGAUAGUCGUGCUCGCUGUCGUCGGUGGCGUAGGAUGGGUCUUCUAUAGCAGGCUGCAAGCUAAGAAGCUUGGGCUUCCUCCUCCAUCACUGACAUCCUUCGUACCUUUUAUGCACAAAUCCGACCCGUCGCCGUAUGGUCCGCCGGCUCCGGCGCCAGGAGGUGUGUCCGGGUGGUUCAACGACCAGAUCCGCAAGUUCAAAAACCGCAACAACCGUAGCGCCGCCGGCGCAUACGAAGGCGCCGGCCAAGCCCCCGGACGGCGCGGCUUCGGACCUCUCGACCCGGACGAGGCCUGGGACUCGCGCGUCGGCAACGAGGCGGACAACUACGGGCCAGGAGGCUAUUACGAGGAGCAGGAGCUGGGGCUGCACCAGCCCGGCCGGCCGUCGCGUCAUGAUGAGAACACUGCCUACGCCGGUGCUAGCGAACACGAGAGCUACUCGAUGAACCUGGCUGCGACGCCGCGGAUGGCUCCACUAGGGUUUGACGGGGAUAGGGGCAGGACGCUGAGUCGGGACGGACGGAACCCUUUUGACGAUGACGCCGCCGAGCCGUCUAACAUCAGCCUGAGAGGCGUUUCUCCACGGCCAAUGGACGGUGAGCGGCAGGCCGAUAACGCCAGUGAGAGGAGGAGUAUCUUCCGGGAGAACGUCUGA